AUGUCCGGGCAAGACAUGAUUGUAGGCUCGGUGGUCGAGUUGGCCAAUGGACGACAAGCGACGGUGCGCUUCAUCGGUACUACCCACUUUGCGGAAGGAGAAUGGAUAGGUCUUGAAUUGGAUGAUGCGACCGGAAAGAAUGAUGGUGCAGUACAAGGAGAACGAUACUUCAAUUGCGAGCCAGGGUACGGCAUGUUUGUUCGACCAUCAAUCGUCGGAAAGGUCAUCCAACGACAACCUGUGCGGGAGAGUAAACAAACCGCCAAACCGGCUGCCAGCGCGGCCGGCAGCAAAGCGCCUCAAGCCGGACUCUCAGCUGGUUUGCGCAAACAACCUGGAUUGCCUCCCACAGCAGUAAGGCGACAAAGCACCAGCACAAACUCUACUCCUACACCAGCGCCGAGGGGUGCUGCAGCUCGCCCAUCUCUGAGAUCGCCCACGAAGUCCCCGACGAAACAACUAGGAGCCACUGCUUCUUCCCGCCCUUCAAUCGGGACUACCCCUACUCCACGCACUUCUACUGUGGGAACGACCCGACCCCGAGGAACCACCACAGCCAGAAGCUCUAUAGGUUCUUCUGCAGCACUAAAUGCCACCAAAACUGCGCGACCGUCAGUAUCUGGGCCAGCAGCCCGGACCUCACGGCCAAGCUCGCAAACUACGAUACGCACAACAGGCCCUUCGGCGUCAAAGGUUACUACUACAUCAAGGCAGGUUGGCGCCACAAAGGAAUCCGAUGGAAGAAACAGCCGUGCAGGUGGGCAAUCCGGGAACACAACCGACCUUGAGUCACCUGGCACUGAAGGGGAGGCUGCGCCAAGUGGAGGACUGGCGCCCAAGACCUCUCGACAGUCGAUGACUGCCACUCGUCCAGCGACCACACGCCCUGGAGCUCCGGUAUCUACGUCGCAACGUCAAGUUUCGAAUGCUGCAGUGAACCGAGAAAUCGAGGAGCUCCAGCUGAAGCUUAAUCAGAUGGAGAAGAAACGGGUCGAGGAUAGGGAGAAACUCAAGACCCUGGAACAAAUUCGGACUGAACGCGAUAAGUUCGAAUCGAUCAUUCAGAAGCUGCAGGCCAAAUAUCAACCGCAGCAAAUGGAGGUUACGGAACUUCGCAAAAAGCUCAAAGACACCGAGGCUCGCUUUGAUGAAUUAGAUCGAAUCCAGGCAGAGCAUGAAUCACUCAUGGAAAUGGCUGCCCUUGACCGCGAAAUGGCGGAGGAGACAGCCGAGGCCUUCAAACACGAGUGUGAAGCACUUCGAUCAAAGAUGGAAGAGCUUAGUCUAGAGGUGGAGGUUCUCCGAGAGGAGAACGAAGAGUUUAGCCAGGUUACAAGUCCAGAGGAGAGAUCCAGUCAUGGAUGGCUCCAGAUGGAGAAAACCAAUGAACGUCUUCGUGAAGCUCUCAUCCGUUUGCGAGAUAUGACUCAACAGCAGGAAUCAGACCUCAAGGCCCAGAUCAAGGAACUGGAAGAGGACCUCGAGGAAUACUCCGCUGUCAAAUCUGAUUAUGAGGCGGCAAAAGAGAAGCUUUUGGUCCUAGAGACCAAUGUGGAGGAUCUCAAGCAGCAGCUGGAAACUGCGCUGGGCGCCGAAGAAAUGAUCGAAGAGCUGGCAGACAAGAACAUGCGCUACCAGGAAGAGAUUAACGAGCUCAAAGCUGCCAUUGAGGAUUUAGAAUCUCUCAAGGAGAUCAGUGAUGAAAUGGAGUACACCCAUAUCGAAACCGAGAAACAACUCCAGGAAGAGAUUGACUACCGGGAAGGCGUUUUCGGCGAGCAAUGCCGAAAACUUAACCAGCAGGACGAGGUCAUUGAAGAUCUUGAAUACACGCUGUCUCGCUUCAGGGAGUUGGUGACGAACCUACAGACUGACUUGGAAGACAUGCGGGCAACCCAACAGAUCUCCGAGGCGGAGGCCACCGAUCUCACCACACGGUCCCGGGCCAUGAUGGAUCUAAAUAUGAAGUUGCAAGCUUCUGCAUCGAAAGCUCAAACCAAAUCUAUCGACAUGGAACUGAGCCGAAUGGAGUCGGAGGAAGCCGCACAACAACUUUCGAUGGUCAAAUUGUAUCUGCCAGAGUAUUUCGACGGUGAAAGGAACUCUGUCCAGGCUUUACUCCGCUUCAAGCGUGUUGGAUUCAAGGCCACUAUUAUCAGCAGCACCAUUCGAGACCGGGGCUCAGAGAACUCGGCACUCUCAGCGCAUGAAGAAGUUUUCAAGGCCCACGAGGUGCUGGAACAUCUUAUGUGGAUCUCAAAUGUAUGUGAUCGGUUUGUGAAAUUCAUUACCACCUGUUCUCCCGAACAAUUCGGAAACAUCAAGGUCGCAAUGUUUGAAAUGGAACCAGUCGAGCGCACGUUGAACUUCUGGAUCGAGAACGCGAAGAAGAACGAAGUGAAUCUUCCGAAGCUCGCAAUGGAAUUGCAGCGAUCUAUCGCUCUUAUCGCGCACCUAGCAGAAACCCUUCUUCCUUCUAGCCUUGAGAUCUUUGCCGAUGAAUUGUGUAUGCGUGCCCACUUGUCUCAGUCAUACCUUGACCAUGCCGGCACUGCGAUUGCGCGCCUCAAGCUCAUCAUCAAGGCUAAAAUGGUUACCUCAGAAGAGGGCAGGGAGGAAGAAUCGUUUGCUCUUAACAAACUGGAUUCCUUUGUUUCUCAGGCUCGCGGGUGCAAGGUUGCGAUGGGCAAAAUCAGCCGGUCUCUUGACGAUCUGCAGUCUAGGUCUCUUGCUCUUCCAAAGGAGGCGGAUGAGCCCUUCAAGAAUGCCGAAACCAGUACCAAGCAACUUUCAGAAUUUACUCGGGCACUCGGUGAGAACAUUGUCAGUCUUACUAGUGAUGAAGGUCGCACGGAGGCUUUCAGCUUGGAGGAAAUCCUGGAUUGUUUGUCACAGGCUUCUGCAUCGUUUGCUUCAUCUUCCGAAACACCGGAAGAGAGCAAUGACCCGGUUUCAUUGCUGCUCAGCAAACUGCGUGACCUAAGCGGUCAAUUUGAAGAGUUGGAUCACAUCUCGUCGGAUUUGUCUCGCACAACCGAAUUUGAGAGAGGCGCUAAUCCUUGGAUUGCUCGUGCCGAGGAGCUGAAGUCUAACAAAACAAUCUCCCCGGACGCCGAUGAAGAGAUUCGUCGAUUGAAGAAUGAAAUCCAUGAGGCAUCUGCUGCACUUGGUGUGAAAGACACCACCCUUGAAGAGCAAUGCCUUAAGAUCGAGCACCUUGAAUCAAGGAUGCGGGAAGCAAGCAAGAAGGCAGCUUUGGUUAAGGACCUGGAGGCUCGAAUCGAGCAAAUCCAGGAAGCAGAAAGCGAACUAGAGGAAACGAUUGAAAGACAAAAGAAAGAGCUUCAAGCAGCCGAAACAGAGCGAAACGAGUACAUGAACCGUCUCGAGCGCAUGAAGCGCAUGUCCGGUACAGUCGGCGUGAAAACGACAGGCGAUGGCGUCGUAAUCGACAGCGAGGCCUCACUGGCAGCAAUGCAAGAAAACGAAUCUCUCCGCGCCGAAGUAGAGAGCCUACAAGCAGCUGUGCGUUUCCUGCGCGAGGAGAACCGCCGCUCAAACAUCCUCGACCCAUACUCCGUCCAGCGUUCAACAGAAAUGCACGCCUGGCUCGACAUGCCCCUCACACGCGCCAACCCCACACCAGAAGAAGAAAAGAUCCGACGCACCGCCCUCGAAAGCAGAGAUGUAAUGUCCCAUCUCCUGAAGCUAACCAAGGAGUCACACGUCCCCGAUCUCAAAUCCACAAUGACUCGCCCGGCCAGCGGCGACGACAGCACCGCCAACCGCACCGCAUGGCGUCCAUCCAAGACUCGUCUUCGAUACCAGGUUCUCCAGCAACGCGAGAACUUCGAGCACUGGGCUGAAUGGCGUGAUGAGAUCGUCAACCACGAGCGUGAGCAGGACCGUCUGGCUGCCGCUAAGCAGGAACGCGCAAUGCGCGAUCGUGUUUCUAAACAUGCUCAUAAGGGCUCUGUUGAAUUCCCUCAGGGCUUGGGUCAUGGUAUGAUGGGUCGAGCGUGGCAGAUUCUGGGGAUGCAGAAGCACCGCAAGAAUGCCUCUAUUAGUUCUCCUGCUCCGGAUGGAGUGGAGAUUGUAUCUACGGAUUGA